AUAUGACACAUUUUUCUUUGAUUUUUAAAUUUCGCAAAUAGAAUAAUGAUUGUUAAAUAAAUGUUAUUUCGUGACUCUUUGACUGGGAUUAUAUCUAACAAGUUGAAAGGAAAAACGUGGAAAGUAUACCCACAAUACUGUUCGUUUUCUAUAUGUUUGUUUAAGACAAUAUAAAUUUUGGAAUAAGUUUUGCCUAGUGUGAUUGUUAUUAUUUCUUGUGAACUGCUUUAAAAAGUCUUUUUUUACAUACAACCAGAAUUCCUUUACAAAUUUAACACUGUAGCACUGUUACUAUCACUUUGAGCACGGACAAACUUUUUAAAAGUUAUAUAAAAGUAUAGCACUUGCUCGUUGGAUAAACAACACCGAGAAUAAUUUGUCAUGGAAACUUUCACUUCCGGAACUUCGGUAUUCGUUCAUUUGCUAUUUGGAUUCCUUCUGUUGCAGAAAGUAACACCUGAUACAACUACUACAACAACCGUGGCACCUGGAGUAUUUGAUAACUGUGCGUCGUCGGGAGCAUUCAUUAAUGCGACUAUAUCUCCAAAUUUCGAUUACAUAUACUCGCCUGGUUAUGAAAGUGGAUCGUAUCCAAAUAACAAAGUCUGUAGAUGGUAUGUCACAGCACCAGAUAACUAUGCCGUUGAAGCAUAUUUUGACAACGAGACAUUCGCCAUUGAAAGGAACACCUACUGUAGCUACGAUUACGUAAUCUUCUAUGACGGAAACUCCACAAGUGAUACGAUGAUAAAUAAGUUCUGUGGUUUUGAUAGGCCGGAAACGGCAUACAGGAGUUCAAGCACUGCAAUGCUGAUAGUGUUUUCCUCAGACUAUAUUUUACAGUAUGCCGGCUUCAGAAUAAGAAUAAAGGCAGUUGAUAACACAUAUCCUGGUUGUACAGCGGACUAUACUACGUACCCUGUUAUGUAUAAUAGAGAGGAAGUAUACAUUUUCAACAACUACACUUUUAUAAACAAUAUAUCCACGCCAGGCUUUGGUAGCUCGGACUAUCCUACGAAUUUGGAGAUGUUUUGGUUGUUCACAAGCACCAACACUACCCACUACAGAAUGGUCCUUGACAUUAUAAGCAUUAGUAUUGAGAGGUCACAUGGUUGCAUUUAUGACAAACUUGUAUUGUAUAAUGGUCCUUGCACCAAAGAUGAUGUUUUAGAUACAGUGUGUGGUUACUGGGCCAAACAAUGGGAUCUUAGCGGACCAGAAUAUCUUCUUCAUUUCCACAGUGACUUUUACCUUUCACAGUCUGGAUUUUUAUUAAAUUAUUACGCAGAGGAAAUAGCUGUCACAACCCCACUUAUUACGUCAACUACAACGUUUGGGCCACCAGUCGAGGCGGUUAUCGAUGCUGUGAAGGAAAUGUUAGCAAAUUACUCAACCGAAGAUCUACCUGCAAGAGACUUAAGUGAACCUAUAGAAGCUUAUGUUGAUUUCUUUUUUGUUGGAAUAAAUGGACUAGAUGAGGUUGAACAAAAGCUUACAACCACUGGACAAUUUGAGGUCACAUGGAUGGAUCCGAGUUUAUCCUGGGACCCUACAAAGCGACAAGGGGUAGUCAAAGUACUCUUACCACAGAAUGAUAUCUGGAAACCCGAUAUUGCUCUGAUGAAUGGAUUCUCUACGAUCACAGCUAUGGGAGCUAAAUUCAUGUUUAUAGAUAUCAAUUACAAUGGCUCGUGUAUAUGGAAGCCAUACCAGGUUAUGGAAUCUGUUUGUAAAGUUGACAUGACUCAUUAUCCGUACGAUAGACAGAUAUGUAUUCUGAAGUUUGGUACAUGGUCGACCGACGACAGUGAAGUUGUUACAGAACUUGGAUCUCUUGGAUUACAGUUGCACCCUAACUUUCAAGAAAACGCGGAAUGGCGCCUUAUUUCUACAGAAACCAGACAAGAAGAUAGCAAUCGCCAUAAAGUUGUAGAAUUUUACCUGACGUUAGAAAGGAACUCUCGAUACGUGACGUAUUACAUGACAGUUCCAAUAAUAAUGUUAGCUUACAUGAAUGUAUUAACAUUCGUCGUUCCAUGUGUGUCAGGAGAAAAAACUGGCUACAGCAUAACACUAUUUCUCUCAUUUGUCGUCCUACUGAUAAUCAAUAAUGAGUCACUGCAAGAAAAUUCAGACACGAUUUCACUAUAUGCUGCCUAUGUGUUAACAAUGACAAUUUUGAGUGCACUGGCUCUUAUUAUUAGCGUUUUACAAAUUCGAGCAAUUACAUUCGAGGAAAGAAGAUACCCAUUACCAAAGUGCCUGAAAAAUAUGAUACAUUUUGUGAACAGGACUAAAUCAUAUUUACCAUGUAGACAAACGGAGAAAGACUCUAAACAAAAACGUAAGAAAAAAGAAGAGAAAACACUAGAACCUAAAACGACUGUAAAAGAAAACGAUACACUGAAACCCGAAGCUACUGACAGCGGUAAUAGUGGUUAUGGUAGUUCAAUUUCAUAUAAGAAAAGGACGGUUGCUUUUAAAAUAGAUAAUGAAGACAACUUAGAUAAUACUGAUAGAGAGGAGGAAAGUGACAGAUUUUCAGUCCCUAGAAAACGCGAAUUCGGUAAAAUAACUCUAGAAAGAGAAACCACGCUCUUUGAGGAAAAUGCAUUGAUAAGACGCUCAACAUCCUUUGAAAUGUAUACAAAUACAAAUGGGAAACAAGAGAAGCCAGACUUAUUUGAUACAACGCCUACUGCCGCGGAGAUAAUGAAAGAAACUGCUACAAACUCCAAUAAAGAACCUGGGACAUUCGAAGACAUAUCACAAAACUGUGAUGAGGAAAGGGCAGACAAUGAUAUUAUAAGCAGAAACGAUUUGAAAGACGGUACGUCGGAGACUGAAAGUCAGAUUAUAGAUAAUUCCUCCAAAUGUAAUACAUCUGAAUCUGAAGAUGUGAACGACAAAGCUAAAGAAACGGAAGUUAUUACUAAAGGACAACAUAUGUCAUCUGAGCCUGGCACUCUAGUAGUGAUUGAUCAAAACACCAUAGUAAACCAAAAACUAUCACUCGUGAAGGACAAUCUUAAACAUAUUUCUGGCGACGAUAAUGUGCCUAGCAUCAGAGAGGAUAACCCUAUCCCGAAUGUACAGGUGCCACAUGACACUGACACAUCUAAGCUUGGACGUCAGCCAAAAGUUAUUGCAGAUGAAUAUGUUGCUAAGCCUUUGCAAAUUAUAAGUGAUAAUCAAUAUGAACAGCAUCCGGCGCAAUCUGCUACACAAGAACUAUUUAAUCCUUUGGAUGAAUAUAUUUCAUCGCAUAAUAUCUACAAAGAGGUACAGACAGACCAGAUAUCUAAUGAUUGUGCUCUAACUAAUUCGCAUACACACUCAAAGGUAAGGGACGCGGUCAAACCAGAUUCAGAUCAUUCUCCAACGGCUGAUGAACUGCAAACCCUGGAUUCUAAAGACUUAAAACAAGUCAAAAGCAUAGGGCAACAGUCGGGCUCGCUAAUUGCAGAAAUAACAGAAUUGCAACCGGUGGUGGUUAACGAUGUUAAAAUGAAUAGGCCAACAUCGGCAACAGAAAACAGGCCCUUGUCAGUGAACAGACAGUUUUCGGCAGGAGACCAUGGAUUUGCUUUAGCGAGUCAUGGCAGGGCAUUGUCGGGCGCAACAACUCGGCCUGUUUCAACAAGAGAGGGUUGGGCGAUUUCAGUAUUAAGUCCACGCCCAAUAUCUAUUGUGAGUCGGAAAAGAUCUGCAUCCGCUAUGAGUCAAAACGAAAACACGUUUAUGUUAUUUGGUUCUGAAGAAACCGACAGAAAAACACCAACCACCGAAAUAGACAAUCAUUCACAUGCCAGUGAUGACCAUUCUAGCGAAAGUGUUGAAAGCAGCAGUAUAACGGAAAGUUGUGAUGAAUCGGAUGAUGAUGACAUUUCUUGGGCUGAUCUUGUGUCAUGUACAGACUUCAUGUUCUUCAUUAUUUAUUUGUUUGUUACUACACUUUUCUCGUUAGCAAUGUUUAUGACAAUGGUUCAAGCUUACUAAAUGACUUUCCAGUCAAAAGCUUAGUGAAGGAUAUGUGUAUUAUAUACGUACGUGUAUGUUGCACCAUGCGGAAGCUCUUUUCAAUCUUUAGAUCAUAGGCUUUUUAUUUGUUGCUUUAAAUGAUAAUCAAUAUGAACAGCACCGAGAGCAAUCUGCUACACAUGAACAUCUUAAUCGUUUGGAUGAACAUAUUUCAUCGUAUAAUAUCUCCAAAGAGAUACAAACAAACUAGAUAUCUAAUGAUAGUGUUCUAACUAAUUUGCAUACACACUCAAAAUGUAAGAGAUGCGAUCAAACCAGAUUAAGAUCAUUAUCCAACUGCUGAUGAGCUGCAAACUCAGGAUUCUAAAGACUUAGAACAAGUAAAAAGCGUAGGGUGAAUCUAAAUUACUAUAACAUUUUUGUCAUUAAGGUAUUAGACCCGUAAUUGAGUACCUCCUUUUUGAAAAGUAUUCAAUUCCUACUAUAAACCUACUUUGACUGCAAUUUUCAUGGGGGCGUAGGUUCAAGCCCCACUGGGACCAAAAUUGUUUUUCCUUAUUUUCCUUUAAAAAAAUUCUAGUAUUCUAUUCUAGUAUUCUAUUCUAUAUAAUUCUAGGAUUUUACUUCUUUCAAGACUUAUGAUUGAUGUAUUGUACAAAUGUGGAAAAUUUUCAUUUGAUAAGCGAUUUCUUGCUGUUCAAAGUGAAAAAAGUUUACCUCUGAAACAGAGGGGGUAGAGUUAGACAUCUUUGAAAAUACUGAGUUACAUGCGGUAAAAGUUCUCUAUUUUGCCUUCACACUUUACUGUGGAAGAAAUGUAGGUAGGUUUUACUUCUGCCCUAAGGUUAUUUUUGCAUGAAGUGAGCAAAAUUCAAAACAGACCCAAAGGAUUCGACCUUAAUUUUUCAGUGUUGGAGUCAGAAUUCGGUCUCAUCAAUUCCGUUUACUUGAGACACCCUAGAAAAAUUAUAGACAGUUUGUUUUGUUUUGUUUUUUUGUAUUUUAUACUUGUUUACCAAUAGUUUGGUGUUUCUUUUAUCAAAAUUAAUGCUAUAAUGAUAUCUCUGUAAACGCUUUAUAUAGUGGCCACUGAAAUUUGUCUCUACUUGAGGUAGAGGAAAUACCGUAAAUUAUACAAAAUUUAUAAAAAAAAAAACCGGCACGGUAAAAGUUGUUUAAAAUUUGCAACACAGUGCAAAACACGGUCAACUUAAAGAAUAUACCAAACAAAUGACAUUUUUUAAACAUAAUGAUCAGGGGUCCAAUACCUUAAUUUAUCACAGGCUGUUCUAAUACAGUAUUGAUUUUUGUACUUUUUGUUUUUGUUAAUGUAGGGUUUUGGGUCACGCCAACAUAACAUAGGUCAUAUGCCGACUUUCAGCUAUCGAUGGAGAGGAGAGGAAGACCCCGUAUGUCUUUCCAUGUAUUGUUACAGGCACGGGUAGUUACCCGAGUAGAAACACUGAUCUUUUGUAGGCAAGCUCAGUGAUUUUUUCACACGAACAUUUUAAAGUAAAUUUUCUAACCCACAUCUGUGAGAGGUAAGAGAUUCGAACCCUAACCACUCUUCCGUGGAUGACCCUGGUUUCUGCUAUUGUUUUUUUUUAUUAUUAUUAUUAUUUAUAAACCUUGUGUAUGUUUAUUCUUCGAAAAAAUCCUGGGCAAAUCAAAUAAAAUACAAAAUACGUUGUAAUAAA